AUGUACCCACUGUCCACACGGCCUGGGUGUGAGGACUCUGUGGAAGGAUUCGAGGGCAGGGAUUCUGGAGAUCAUGACGCUAGCCGAGCAUCACUCAAGAAAUGGGGUCGAAUGAACCCCUAUGCCUAUCAAGACCAUAGAGAUGUCUUGUGCCUUUUCCCAUCGCCCACUCAAGCACGUGGCGCGGUUGAGUCGUUCGAAGGCAAAAAAGGGGGUCCAUUCCGAGCACAAGUAUCUCAAGUACUCGGUACUCUGGUGCCAAAAAUCUUCCGUGCGGCGAUUCUCUCUACCUUCUGCGAUAGCAAUUCUCAAACUAGAAGGGCAAAGUUCGACGUUUGGUGUUUCUCCAGCGGCAAGCCAUGUGGACGUGACACGCGUGCACGGCAGGGCUGGUCGGAGGGAUAA